UGGUUGUCGUCUUCGGUUGGUACCUUUAUUUCAGGUGGAAGAGGCCCGUGAAGAGAAUGCACCUGCUGCUGCUGCUGUUUUUUUUUACUACCAUGUUCGGGCACAUUUCGAUCAUGACUACCAUGCCGGGACACCUGAAGAAACAGAUUAUUCUGUCAAAGAAGAAUCUUCUGACUGGAAUGAAGACAACAAACUUAGCCAUGACAGUGCUGAAAUAAUAUCUGUGUGCGUCAAAGAGGAGGAAAUUGAGGAGGAGAUUGCUGAAUCUGAAAGUGUUGUCACAGUGCCCAAAUUGGAGCCCAGCGUUGAAGAAGAUGAGGAAGACAAUAAACAGAGCAUGCACCCAGAAAAGACUCCCCACUGUAGUACCAAUUGCGGGGAGGCCUUUAGUCAGCCUGCAGGUGGACCAGCGUGUUCAUGCUGGUGGGAAGCUCUUUGUUUGCAAGCAGUGUGGAAUGACUUUCAGCAAGCUCUGCGGCCUCAAGGUGGAUAAACUGGCUCAUGUCCGCAGGAAAGAGCGCCGCUGCGACCGCCGCGGGAGGACCUUCAGCCGACUGGCGUACCUCAAAGUGCACACGUGCGUGCACACGAGCAGGAAGGUCUCUAAACACGUCCAGGAGCCUGAGGCUGCACGGGCGCGCGCACACACAGGGCUGUGGCCCUACGACUGCAAGACCAGCUUCUCCAGCGUGUGGGACCUGAGGAUCCACCAGAGGACCCACACAAGUAUGAAGCCUUACCUCUGCAGUGACUGUGGCAAGAGCUUCCGCCAGAAGGGGCUGCUCGUGGUCCACCAUCGCAGGCACACGAGGAGUGCGGCCCUACAGCCGCCUCGAGUGCAAAAAGACCUUCCGGCAGUUCAGCCGGCUGGAAGUGCGCCGGCUGUGCCAUGCCGCUGAGAGGCCCUUCCACUGAGACGAGUGCGAUGGGAGCUUUGCGGAGCUGGGCUGCCUGCAGAGGCACCAGUGGCUGCACAGGGAGAGGGAGCGCCGCCGCCCCCAGCUGCUUCAUCACAUUCAGGCAUCUGGAUCAGCUGGACGGGCACCAGCACGCCCCGCGCCGACGGCCGUGACUCCAGCCCCUGCUCCCUCCGCGUGGUGCGCACACGCCUCCGCACUGGAGAGAGGCCCCUCUGCUGCCCCAAAAAGCCUUCCGCAGCAACUCUGGCCUUAACUGCCACCUGUGCAUUCACGCCGGGGACACUGCUGCGGCAGCCUGCACUGUGACCCACAGAGCUCCCUGCAUUGAGCCUUCCCCCACAAACUGCACUGUGCAACCAAGCACCUUGUUCGUGCCUUGGCCUGGAUAUUGCACAAUGAUGAUUUUUACCUGUUACUUCUUCUACAUGUUAAAUUAUAAAAACAAAACGA